CAGUGCGAUUGGCUUGCAAGGGUUCAGAGCAACUUUCAUUUCCUGUCACCGACAAGGCAGCAAACGGUUUAGGGUGUGCACAAAGGAAGCCAGGAAAUUCCCAAUUUGUGCCACCAGCCAGGGGCUUGUACCUCUCUAUUCCCGGGAGCAAGAGGCUGAAAACCAGCGCCUGGGGGACCAUGUAUCCUUCCUCCGUGCUCUGUUGCAUUCUCCUAGCCACCAUCUCUGCAGCAAAUGGGAACACAGAGUGUGAUGGGUCUCACUGUCCACCAAGACCAAAACCUGCUACUCUCCUCCCUCCAACUGUCAUCAGUCCAAGGAAACCAGCUACUCUAGUGCCACCAACUGUAAUUGGUCCAGUGACCACCACCAUUCCUCCAACCCCAGCCAAUCACACCACCCACGCUCCGGCCAAUCACACCACCCACGCCCCGGCCAAUCACACCACCCACGCCCCGGCCAAUCACACCACCCACGCCCCGGCCAAUCACACAACUCACGCCCCGGCCAAUCACACCACCCACGCCCCGGCCAAUCACACCACCCACGCCCCGGCCAAUCACACCACCCACGCCCCGGCCAAUCACACAACUCACGCCCCGGCCAAUCACACCACCCACGCCCCGGCCAAUCACACAACUCACGCCCCGGCCAAUCACACCACCCACGCCCCAGCCAAUCACACCACCCACGCCCCGGCCAAUCACACCACCCACGCCCCGGCCAAUCACACCACCCACGCCCCGGCCAAUCACACCACCCACGCCCCGGCCAAUCACACCACCCACACUGUGUGGCCCACCAGUGUGCACCCGAGCCCUGCUCCCUCCUCCAACAGUGGAAGCUACAAUGUGACCAACAACCAAACAGUCUGUGCGUUGGCAAAGCUGGAGAUAAGGUUGCGGGUCCGAUAUCCAACAGCAGAAAGCAAAUCGGCCUGGGGAGAGUUCAUUAUCAAUCCAAACAGGACUACUGCCUCCGGAACGUGUGGCACAGACUCUGUCACCAUGAACCUCACUUUCCCAGAGGGAUUCCUCACUUUCGGUUUCAAGAAGAACAGCAAGCAGCAAACCUUCUCUCUCAGUGCGGUUCACAGUGAACUGAUGUACAGUUUUCCUGAUGCAGCCGGGCCCGGCCGGUACCUCGUGUGGAACAACAGCCUGACGGUGCUGCAGACCCACCUGGGACACUCGUUCCUCUGCUCCAGUCUGUUAGUGAAAGGCAGCAGCUCCUUCUGGGUGCAUCUGAUCAACCAACAGGUUCAAGUGUUCGAGAUCCCCAGCACCCCCAGGUUCGGCCCAGUGGAGCGGUGCCCCCAGGACAGGAGGGUGUCUGAUGUGGUCAUUGUCAUCGUGGUGCUGCUGGUUGUCCUGAUCCUGGUGAUGCUAGUGGCCUACCUCAUCGGCAGGAAGCGGCACCCAGCCGGCUAUCAGAGUAUCUGACCACACUCGCUCUCACCCGGCCACGGGGCAGCGCAGUGGGGUCGAGGGUUUGGGGUCAGACUUUAGGGUCGGGGUUAGGGGCAGGGUACUGGGUGUGAUGUCAGGGCUAAGUGCCAGGCUAGGGGUUAGCGUGGGGGGUGUGGGCAGAUGGUGGAGUUAGGGCAGGGUGGAGGUUUCU